AUGCAGGGAGAGCUCUCUGAUGGAACUACCAUAGCAGUGAAGCAGCUAUCUUCAAAGUCAUGCCAGGGAAACAGAGAGUUUGUGAAUGAGAUAGGAAUGAUCUCAGGUCUUAAUCAUCCGAACCUUGUCAAGCUUCAUGGUUGCUGUGUGGAGAAGGAUCAGUUGCUGCUCGUCUAUGAGUACAUGGAAAAUAACUCCCUUGCUCUUGCGCUGUCCGGAAAAAGCUCCCGGAUAUUGAACUGGGCAGAGAGACAGAAAAUAUGUGUGGGAAUCGAUAGAGGACUUGAAUUCCUCCACCAAGGAUCAACCAUCAGGAUGGUUCACCGUGAUAUAAAAACCACAAAUGUGCUUCUAGACGCUGACCUCAAUGCAAAGAUAUCGGAUUUUGAAUUGGCUAGGCUCCAUGAAGAAGAACACACUCACAUUAGCACCAAAAUUGCAGGAACCAUCGGAUAUAUGGCUCCGGAAUAUGCAUUGUGGGGUCAACUAACAGAGAAAGCAGAUGUGUACAGCUUCGGUGUUGUGGCAAUGGAGAUUGUUAGUGGGAAGAGUAAUACUAAACAGAAGGGAAGUGCUGAUCACGUCUCGCUUAUCAAUUGGGCGUUGGCGUUGCAACAGAGAGGGGACACAAUGGAGAUUGUAGAUCCAGUGCUCGAAGGUGAUUUCAGCAGCAAAGAAGCAGUGAGGAUGAUCAAAGUUGCUCUCGUUUGCACCAACUCAUCUCCUUCCUUAAGGCCAACAAUGUCGGAGGCUGUGCAAAUGCUCCAGGGAGAGAUGGAAAUAACAAAGGUUGUGUCGGAUCCUGGUUUAUAUGGACACGACUGGAGCAUGUCAAAGGUGAGGGACAUUGAUACAUAA